UAGUCUCUACGAGCCGGCUGAUAGCGUGUAACCUGAUCCAUGCAUUUGAAGCAGUUCAGAUCUUGAACAAGCUCCCACUUAAAUGACUUGGCUUGGUCACUGCAGACCCCAAAAUAAAAAGCAUGUGCUGCUGCUGCUGGAACUGAAGAGCUAUAUCUCUUUUGCUGGGGCUAUAACAGACUCUUAUUUUUUCUGGCUUUGGCACAGAGAACAUUUAACAUACUCAGACCUACAUACAUAAAAUAUAAAUUUUAUAUGCACACUUUCAGAUUAUUUCCAGACUGUUUAUGCUUUGCCUUCAGGUUAAGGACCAGUCUAGUAUAAACACUCGAUAUGCUAAAUGCUCCUAUAAACCUUUGUUUUGUUUUUGUGCUUUAGGGUUGGUAAAGUUUCAACCAUCCCUUUGGCCUUGGGAUUCAGUGAGGAACAACUUAAGAAGUGCCUUGACUGAGAUGUGUGUGCUCUAUGAUGUUCUCAGCAUUGUCAAGGAUAAAAAAUUCAUGACUCUGGAUCCAGUUGUGCAGGAUCCACUUCCCCCAAAGCAGAACCCUCAAACUUUACAGUUAAUUUCAAAGAAGAAAUCACUAGCUGGAGCAGCCCAAAUCCUGUUGAAAGGAGCAGAAAGGUUAUCCAAAUCGGUUGCAGAAAACCAGGAAAAUAAGCGACAACGAGAUUUCAACUCUGAGCUCUUGAGAUUGAGACAGCACUGGAAACUGAGGAAAGUGGGAGACAAAAUCCUUGGGGACCUGAGCUACAGAAGUGCAGGGUCCCUCUUCCCUCAUCAUGGCACAUUUGAAGUGAUAAAGAACACAGAUAUUGAUCUGGAUAAGAAGAUACCAGAGGAUUACUGUCCUUUGGAUGUUCAGAUUCCAAGUGAUUUAGAAGGAUCAGCUUAUAUAAAGGUUUCUAUUCAAAAGCAAGCUCCAGACAUAGGUGACCUUGGCACAGUUAAUCUUUUUAAAAGACCUCUGCCAAAAUCAAAACCAGGUGCUCCACAUUGGCAGACAAAACUUGAAGCUGCACAAAAUGUUCUCUUAUGUAAAGAAAUAUUUGCUCAGCUGUCUCGAGAAGCUGUUCAAAUUAAAUCACAAAUCCCUCACAUUGUUGUGAAAAACCAGAUAAUUUCCCAGCCUUUUCCAGGUUUGCAGUUGUCUAUUUCUUUGUGUCACUCUUCUAAUGAUAAAAAAUCCCAAAAAGCUGCUUCUGAAAAACAGAGUCCAGAAGAUCAUCUCUAUGUUCUGGAACACAAUUUGCAUCAGCUGAUUAGAGAGUUCCACAAGCAAACUUUAAGCUCUACAAUGAUGCCACAUCCAGCUAGUGCACCAUUUGGCCAUAAGAGAAUGAGAAUGGCAGGACCUCAGGCUUUUGAUAAAAAUGACAUCAGCUCCUUACAACCAAAUGAAGGGCUUCUGGAAAAGAUCAUUAAACAGGCAAAACACAUCUUUCUGAGGCGCAGAACUGCUCGAACCAUUGACAGUCUCGCUAGUCGUAUUGAGGAUCCACAGAUUCAGGCCCACUGGUCAAACAUAAAUGAUGUUUAUGAAUCCAGUGUCAAAGUUCUCAUAACUUCCCAAGGUUAUGAACAAAUAUGCAAAUCCAUUCAGCUACAGCUGAACAUUGGAGUUGAACAGAUCAGGAUAGUGCACAGAGAUGGAAGAGUUAUUACAUUGUCUCAUCAAGAACAAGAAUUACAGGAUUUCCUUCUCUCUCAGAUGUCACAACAUCAAGUACAUGCAGUUCAGCAGCUGGCUAAAGUGAUGGGAUGGCAUGUGUUAAGUUUCAGUAAUCAUGUGGGUCUGGGACCAGUAGAGAGUAUUGGCAAUGCAUCAGCAAUAACUCUGGCAUCACCAAGUGGAGACUAUGCUAUUUCAGUACGUAAUGGUCCUGAAAGUGGCAGCAAAGUUAUGGUGCAGUUUCCACGGUGCCAAUGCAAAGACCUCCCGAAAAGUGAUGUGCUACAAGAUAGUAAAUGGAACCAUCUUCGUGGGCCAUUCAAGGAAGUUCAGUGGAAUAAAAUGGAAGGACGAAAUUUUGUAUAUAAAAUGGAGCUCCUCAUGGCUGCCCUAACUCCAUGCUAAUAGCCUGACAUUAUACUAACAAGGACAUGGGAUUGCCACUCUUUUGUAGUGGUAUCGAUCAGCACAACAAAGGGAAACAACCUCGGAGAUACGUGAAAAUAGUGCAAAAGUGUUCACUUUUGCAGCUCUUUAUAGAGAUGUAUCCAGUGUGAUUGUCAGAACUGUUACUUGCUAUGUGAAAUAAAUACGAUCUUUUUAAAUGCCCCUUUCAAUGAAAGUUUUAAAAUGACAUUAAAAUAAAAUCUUAUUUUUGUAGCUUAAAAUGUUGUGAUGCUGGGAUAUAGUUCUGAAGACUGCUCUUUAUUGAAGAUGCCUAAAAUUGCCUUUGCUGUUGAUUACUGACAGUAACUGAGAGAACACCUGACUAAUUUAUAUGAACAAAUUUCUAAAGACACACCAGGUAACGAACUGUAAUCUGGUAAUAUUUGAGCGAUUCAGAUCCAACUGGCUGUCCUAUUUUUCCCAGCUCAACAGCCUGUUUAUUCCUGAAUGGAAAAACCUCUGUUCUCAUUGCAGUUUUCCUUAGAAGACUGCCUGUAAGCUCUUCUGCAAAAUGAUGAUUUUGGUCUUUAGAGAGCAUAUAUUAUGCUAUCACUGAGCAUUUGUGGGAGGUGUCCUAAUAUCCAUAGCAUGUUCCGUGACUUGCCCCUUCUGACUAUUAGUGGAUUUUUUUGGAUGGAAAUAGACAAUGACAGAGACAGUGAAGCCUGUAAUGAAUUAUUAAAGCCUCAUAGGAGUUAUAAUUCAGGUCAUCCUUAUGGAGUGAGUCUCUGACAUGUGCCCUCAAAUUGGAGGGUCUGGAUCCUACUUUGGUGUGGCUUCUGGACAUCAUUUCCUCUAAUGGUUUAAGAGAAACGAAGUUUGUUCACCCGGAAGGUGUGAACAAGUGCAUCUUUUUAAUGCAGAUAAUAUUAAUGUUCUUUAGUGCCUUUCUGGCAAAUUUUCUAUCACCAGUAAUCAUGGAUCAAGUCUUUGAACUAGAAUAAACCUACCUAGGUGUGAUUUGGAUCUUGCUUUUUUUUCCUCUUCCCUGCCACCCAAACGAAGGCAAAAAGAAGGGGUUUCUCUAUAUUUAGAUCAGAAGCCAGAUACAAGAAGUUCCCUCUUCUAAACUGAAUUUGUCUAUAUGGACUCAUUGUGCAAAUCCCAGACAAGGCUGAAAAUGGGAACUGUUGUGAUAAACAUCUCUUGUCAUUUUGUUUGCAGUUCUUGUCUGCUUUGCCAUUGCAGAUACUUUGGGUAACAUGUUCAGUCAUGCUAACUUUUUGGGGUGAUUUGAGUGACACUACAACCAAACAGGAAAGAAUAAGGCACCAUUUCUGGGUGAGAUUGAAAUGUACAUUAGUUUGCAUCAUAACUAAAG